AUGGUCUCAGCCUCGUCUCGCCGCGCAGGCCGCGUCACCAACAAGAGCCGUCUUCUGGUAGUACGAGGUAGCGACAAGAUCGACUCGGCGGCAGCGGAAACCGUGCUUCUUCAGCCAGAAGCCCCAACCGCCGAACCAUCAAAAAGCCACGGUGUUGGCGCAAAGGGCGUGGAGACUGGAGAACUUUUGGAGCACCACCUCCAAGCAGCUCUCUCGUCGGCCUCGCUUCUUCAUUCACGCGAUGGAAGCAAGCCCCAAUCCCCUGCGUCGCGCGACUCGGUCAAGCCCGAGGCGCCGACUGCAGCCCACGCCGCGCUCAACUACCACAUCCCUACCCCCGAUGCAACAGGUCUGAUUGACAACGUCAACUAUGCCAAGCUGUAUCAAACCCACAAGUUCUACGAGCCCACAAACUACAUCCGCUUCAGCGACACGGUCGAAGAGUCGGCAUGUGGUGCCGGCGGCCUGUCGUACUGCAUGGACGACACCGACAUGGUGUGGCUGUCAAGCUUCAACGGCAAGGCCGAGGGUGGGUCGGGUGACUCGGGCGCACCGACCUCGCCCACCAACGGCAGAACCGAGAGGCGCGCAGCCAAGGGCAAAGAGAAGGAGAAGGACGUCCCGGCGGCUCUCAACAUCUCCGAGGACACGUUCGAGUACAUCAUGGGCGCGCUCGAGAAGCACGCCGAGGAUGCUGUCCCAACCUUGCACACCAAUCUUGCGCUGAUGCCUACCUUCCAGUCUGUCGAGAGUCUUUUUUCCCACCCACUAGCCGCUACCUUCUUCCCCUCCAACGAAGUGCCCAAGAACCUCCCAGAGGCUCGACUCCUCACGCGCAUGGCGCGCUCCGUUUAUCCCCAUUGGAAGUCACGACGAGAGCAGCGUGGCGGCAAGAGCAUCAUGCCGCAGCUCAACUAUGACGAGACCAACGACAACGACCCAUACGUUUGUUUCCGUCGCCGUGACGUUCGUGCCGCCCGCAAGACACGCCGUACCGACAACUACUCGGUUGAGCAGUUCCAGAAGCUCCAGUUCGAGCUCCGCCGCGUACACGAUCUCACGACUCUCGUCCUACGACGAGAACGGGAGAAGCAGUCGCUGUACGGCGCCGAGAAGGAAGUCUGGGAAGCCAAGUGGAAGCUGUUCGAGACUAAGCGCCGCUGGCCGUCGCUCGGGGUCACAAGAGAUGAGGAGGAGAUCAUCACUGGCCGCCAGAACGGCGCAGCAGCUGCGGCAGCUGCUGUUGCCGCCAUCAACGGCCAGAUGGGACUCACCCACCUCAGUGGUGGCCAGAGCGGCAACUCGUCACGCAGCCACUCGCGCAAGCAGCUCGAGAAGGACAGGGAAGAGCGCGACCGUCGCGAGCGUGCCAUUGAGGCCGCACGCCAGGUCGAUCGCAGCAAUCUUCCCGGCAGGUCUAUGGCGCCCGAGGCGAUCCGCGAGCGCCUUUUGGCACAGCAGACCAGGCUCGACGAGGAGGUCGCCCGCCGCAAAGCUCUUGACUCGCACUGGGACGAUUACACCGACUCGUCUUAUCAACCACUCCCCUCCACCCAUUCCACUCACGCAUUUCGCAACGUCGCUGUCCUCGACCCCCACUACCGGUCCGACUCGGACACGGAAGAGGACGAGCGCGUUAUCCACCCCAUGGCGUUCCGCAUGCGUCGCAGCCGCGGAGGCCGCGUGCUCCUUGACCGCCGCCUUCCAGUUCGGGCCGCCCGCCGCGGGGCGAUGCCCGCUUCCCUUGACCGCCAGCGCGAUUGGUACUUCCCUGACAUGCUUGACGGUCGUGUGAGCCGGCGACGACCAAGGUCCAUUGACGCCGACGACGAUGAUGCGCAGGACGACGACCUCAAGCUGGGCAGCCGCAAGCGCCAGCGCUUGAACGAGUUCAUGCGUUACGACUCGUCCCAGGGCGGCGGAGUCGGUGUUGGCAUGGGCCUGACCGGCGACGACGAUCGCCUUGUCCUUGAUGACUAUGAUGUCAAGUACAUGCGCUACCGCGUCGGCCUGCUCCUAGCAGAGGACGUUCGCAAGCUCUAUCCCGACGGCCAGUCGCUCAAGGACGCGUACGCCGACCUCAAUGCCCCAAUCGAGUUACCACAGCCUCCCAAGUUCAUCAAGCCCGCGGCUGCCAACCCUCAGAUGAUGGCGUACUCGCAGUUGAUGCAGCAGCAGCACCAAAUCGAGCAGAUCCAACGUAUCAAUAUGAUGGCCCAAGCUCAACAACAGCAGCAGUUGGAGCAGGCUCGCAUGCAGCAGCAGCAGCAGCAGCAGCAACAGCAGGCGGCACUAGCCGCGCAGGCGCAAGCUCAGGCGCAGGCGCAAGCCCAGGCGCAGGCACAAGCUGUCCAGGCUGUGCAGGCGACUGCCAACGCCGCUGCCCACGGUGUUUCGACUCCGGGAGGGACUGUGAUGCACGGCGUUGCCAAUGGUAUGCAGAACGUGCGGCCCCAGCCCAAGCGCUCGCCAACGGACACGCUCGGGUCGCCGGCUCAGUCUGUUCAGACUCCCGGCGGCGCACCCACCACUCCGCAGCAGGCACAGACGCCGCAGCAACAGCAACUAGCUGUGGCCCUAGCUGCCAAUGGCGGUCAGGCCUCACCACAGCUCAUGAACGCAGCUGCGAACGGCAAGCCGUUCGUCGUCAGCCUUGGUGGUGUUCCCAGUGUUCCAACCCCAGCUGGCGCGGUCGACCCGCAGAUCCACCACCAGCGCCUCAACGCGGCGAGAGCCGCCGUGUUGCAGCAAGCCCAGCAGCAGCAGAACGAGAUGGAGACUGCCACGCCCGAGAUGCGCCGUGAGUGGGCUGCUCAGGCGCAGGCCAACGGCUUCGGCAACAACGUCCAAGCGUUCCUCGAGGCUCGUACACGCGCACGCACAAUGAGCUACCACAAGCUCAUCCAGGCUCAGGCAACCAUGGCUGCACAAGCUCAGGUGCAGCAGGUACAGAUGCAGCCUGGCCAAGUCCCUGUCCCAAUGCAGCCCAUCAACGUCGGCAACGUCGUGCAGCCGAACGGCUUUCCAAGCCCCGGUAGCAUGGCGAGCCAGCUCCAGCUCAAGUUACCCCCCCACGCCCAAGCCCGCUUAGCCGGCACUACCCCGCCGACGCCGCAGGCACAGGCUCAACGCUCCUAG